AUGAUAAUGAAUCACUUGCUCUGGCUGCUUUCACUCAUCUUUCCCCAACUGAGCUCUCCAGUCAUGUUGCUAAAGAGGACUGAUGGGAAUCUCCUGCACACCUGGAACAAUUUGAUGGAGGGAGAUAAAAUGGUGCUCCACAGAUCCAAACGGGACUGGAUGUGGAGGCAAUUCUUUCUGUCAGAGGAAUACAUGGGAAGUAACUAUCAGUAUGUCGGCAAGCUUCGUUCAGACAAAGAUACAGGGGAUGGCACUGCCAGAUACGUUCUCUCUGGGGAAGGAGCAGGCACAGUUUUUCGUAUCGAUGAGAAGUCUGGGGAUUUACAUGCUACUCAAAGACUGGACAGAGAGGAAAAGUCCUCAUACACACUGCAGGCCCAGGCUUUCAACAAGAUCACGGGCCUCCCACUGGAGCCUGCCACUGAAUUCAUUGUCAAGAUACAUGAUAUCAAUGACAAUGAGCCCAAAUUUGCCAAGGCUGUUUACACUGCCAGUGUGCCUGAAAUGUCAGAUGUUGGUACUUUUGUGAUAGAAGUCAAUGCCACUGAUGCAGAUGAUGCCACCUACGGUAACAGUGCUAAACUUGUGUACAGCAUUCUGCAAGGGCAACCAUAUUUCUCUGUGGAGCCUGAGACAGGAAUUGUCAGAAUAGCCCUGUCCAACAUGGACCGGGAAGUGCGGAAGGAGUACCAGGUGGUUAUACAAGCUAAAGACAUGGCAGGACAGAUGGGUGGUCUGUCUGGAACCACUAUGGUCAACGUCACUCUUACAGAUGUUAAUGACAGCCCACCACGUUUCGCUUACAGUUCUUACCACCUAAGCACAUACGAGUCAACAGAAAUUGGAUCAACAGUCGGUCGAAUCAAAGCCAAUGAUGGUGAUGAGGGUGAAAAUGCUGAAAUGAAAUAUAGAAUUGUGGAUGGAGAUGGAAAAGAAUACCUUGAUAUAAUUACGGAUGACAUUACACAAGAGGGUGUAAUCGUUGUUAGAAAGAAACUGGACUAUGAAAGCAAGCGAGUGUACACUGUGAAAGUGGAGGUGACUAACACACACCAGGACCCCAACUUCUUUCAUCUGGGCCCAUUCUUAGACACAGCCAUCGUCAAGGUCACAGCCAAAGAUGUGGAUGAGCCGCCUGUCUUCAGUAGACCCCAGUAUGUCUUUGAGGUCAAUGAGGACACACCAAAAGGAGCAGCAAUUGGAACUAUUACAGCCUGGGACCCUGAUGCCACAGAUUACCCAAUCCAAUAUGCCAUAGAUCAGCACACAGAUCCUGAGAGACUUUACCACAUUGUCCCCAAGAAUGGAUCCAUCACAAUUCUGAAGUCUCUUGACAGGGAAGUGUCGAAGUGGCACAACAUCUCAGUCCUGGCCAGUGAGAUGAAUAACCCUCACCAAAGAAGCCGUGUUCCUGUGUUGAUAAAGGUUUUGGAUGUGAAUGACAAUGCUCCAGAAUUUGCAAUGUUUUAUGAGACAUUUGUGUGUGAGAAUGUAAAAGCUGGGCAGCAUAUACAGACAAUCAGUGCCAUCGACACAGAUGAACCUCUUCUGGGUCACAAAUUUGUAUUCAGUUUGAAUUUCCUGAAUCCAAACUUCACCAUCUUUGAUAAUGAAGAUAACACAGCCAGAAUUUUGACCAGAAGAAGUGGAUUUAACAGGCGUGAAAUGAGUAUAUACUAUCUGCCAGUGGUUAUCUCCGAUGGCGACUACCCCAUCCAGAGCAGUACCAGCACGUUGACCAUUCGCGUGUGUAGCUGUGACGCCACUGGUAACAUGCGUUCCUGCAGCGUUGAUGCAUUACUGCUCUCUACUGGCCUCAGCACUGGGGCACUAGUGGCAAUACUGCUCUGCAUCCUCAUCCUGCUUAUGAUCGUGGUCCUGUUCUCAGCUCUAAAGAAGCAGAGGAGGAAGGAGCCCCUGAUCAUCUCCAAAGAGGACGUGAGGGAUAACGUGGUGAGCUAUAACGAUGAAGGGGGUGGCGAGGAGGACACGCAGGCCUUUGAUAUCGGCACAUUGCGUCACCCAGAGGUGAUUGAGAGCAACAAGCUAAGGCGUGACAUCAUCCCUGAGAUGCUGUUUCAAUAUCACAGACCUUCACCCUUAAAGGAGUGUGCAGAUGUCAGAGACUUCAUUAUUAACAGACUGCAAGAAAAUGACACAGACCCUUUCGCACCUCCCUAUGACUCUCUCGCCACUUAUUCUUAUGAGGGCAAUGGAUCAAUUGCUGAAUCACUGAGCUCACUGGAGUCCACUGUGACUGAGGGAGACCAUGAAUACAAUUACCUCUCUAACUGGGGCCCGCAGUUUAAAAAGCUUGCUGACAUGUACAUUGGGAAGGAUAUAGGAGUUGCCCACUAGACUGCUAUUCAAAUACCAUUUGUAUUCUCUGUACGUAUGCUUGGCUCUCAGUCUGGGCUGUGAGACAUAACUUGAAAGGGAAAAAAAGGAUACACUUCAAAUUAAGUCCUUUUUUCCUUUGUUUUUCUACCAGCACAACCUGAAAUUUCACAUUUAUGAUGGAUUCGUCGUGGACGGUGUUGUGAUGAGGUGAUUUUGUGUUAAUAGAAGAAGUGAUGGUGAUUUUAUUUUCUUCUCUUUUUCACUAGCAGAAAAAUAAACAUUAAUGAAAGCAAAAUGAAUGGAUGAUUUUGUGACUUCAAAAAGAGGAACAGUGACAAUAAUUUUUUCGUGGGACAGUUUGUAAAGGACCCUCCCCGGUUCCUCUUCCUUCAUAGAUUGUCUUAUCCCAACAUACUGCAUUACAAAUCAUACAGUAUGCUAUUUGACAACACCAUGUUUCAUGGUUCCAUGCUGUCAUGACAAAUGAAAUUUGCACUCUUUUAAUUUAUUUUAUUUUUUUAUUUAUUGCCCUUGCCGAUAUGGCUAUGUCAUCUUGGGCUUAGGGGAGACUGGGGUUGGUUGACACACUUUUCAUACUUUGUUGAAUA